AUGAAACGGCUAUGCAUAUGUGAGAUCUGCAGCUGUGGACGCCAUCGCUGCCCCCACCGACCCACAGCUCUGUAUGGAAAGCCCAAUAUGACAUGUGUCCUGACAGAGUACACAGAGAAGUACCCCGCCUAUGGAGGAUACAACCCGCCCCAGAGUCUGAAACCAAAGCCUGUUAACCACGGUGACCGGGGGAGAAUGGAUGGAACUACUACAUUCAAGACUGACUUUAUUCCCUACGUGGUGACUCGACGACCGGGGAAACAGCAGGCGGAGUACAAACCCAAACCUGGAGACAUAGAUCUGGGGACCACCUACAAACAGGACUACAGCCUUUAUGAGGUCCAACCCUUCGCCCCUUCCAGACCCAGCGAGAGGGUACGCGCAACAGGGCACAAAAUGGAUACAGUGCCUACAUACAAAGAGGAUUUCCGACAGUGGGAGAUGUGCAAGCGGGAGCUGAAGAAACCCGAUCUGACCUACCACCCGCCAGACGCCAAGUUCGACGGCCACACCACCUUCCAGGACGACUUCCUCCCCCGAGGCCUUGCCCCCAGAGAGAGCUUCAAACCCUCCAGUAUCCCCAAAAUGUCCGAUACCCCCUUCGAUGGGGUGACCAGUAACCAGCAGUGCUAUGUGUCCCACCCUCUGGAGGCACGCUGGGUGAAGGCUCCAGAGCCCUAUAAACCCAGUAGCCAGCCCCUACAAGACCUCACCACCAACCGAAAAGACUACCAGGGCCUGCCAGGACAGCUGCCCCAGAGCUAUAAGCCUAACCCUGGAAAGGUGACGUCUGACGUUCCCUUUCAGAGCAGCACAGAGUUUAAGGAGCGUUUCCAGCAGUGGCCCGUGUCCCUGCCUCAGCUGCAUAAGAGCCUGCAGUACGUCAGCCCCACAGAGCACAUGGACAUGAGCACCACGUCUGGUGCAGACUACGUCCAACACAACAUCCAGCCCUUCAUCUCUGCCAAGCCCUUCAAUCGGCCCACCAAGUCAUCAGCUCCCUUCCAGGUCUGCACCACCAUGAGGGAUGACUACCAGCCUUGGGUGGUCAAGAGACAAGCCAUGAUCAAGAAGCCUGAGGAGAUGCAGAGAGCCACCGGACGGAUGGACCACCUCACCACUUUCAAGGCCCAUUUUACACCCCACGAACUGCAGCCCAAUGUGAGCUUCAAGCCAGCUCACGCCCCCAUGAGGGCUGAUGCCCCAUUGGAGGGCGGCACCAUGUACAGCACAGAGUUCACCCCCAAGAGGAUCAGCGUUUGUCCAGCUAGCUACGACUCCCUGCCGGGCUUCGUGUUUGAGGACAGCGACGACAGGGGACACAGGUUCUACAGGAAGUUGCCAUCUAAGGACAUGAACAAGAUGGCCGCCGGCAUGGCGGUGGCUGUGGUGUCAUAA